GGAAACAUGUCUUCUAUCAAUGCUCUGACAAACAGAUCCUGGACCACCUGUCCAUGAUAGAGAAUCGGAAUGAGUCGGAGUUGGAGGCCCACCUGAGACGGGUGGUCAAACACUCUGGAAACCUGUCUGGACAGAAGAGUGACCGAGGCAACGAGAAGAGUGGUCUGCGCACGGAGGAUCGGAUGUCAAAGGGUAAUGUCAGUGACAUUCUGUCGGAAAUCUUCAAGAAGAUCGGCUCCAAGGAGAACACUAAAGAGGGUUUGACGGAGUUGUACGAAUACAAACAAAAUUACUCUGAUGCAGACCUGGAGCCCUUCCUCAAAAACACGUCGCAGUUCUUCCAGAGCUAUGUGGAGCGAGGCCUGCGCAUGAUCGAGUCUGAGAGAGAGGGAAAAGCUCGCAUCCAGACCUCCACAGUGAUCCCUCAGCAUGGCGUGGACUUCAGUGUGAGCAGCAACUGUGAAGAGCUGAAACCAGCUGUCUACUACGAGAGACUCAAGAUCCUCCGACAGAGACAAGGCCUGGAAAACACCUCCAGGGUGAGACACACACACACACACGGCUGUCACACAGCCGUGUUGCUUUGAUUUAAAGGUACAGUG